CAGUCUCGUUGAAAGGUUCUAUCCGUUGAUCAACAUGGCAAAGGAGCCCCGAUCUUAUGGCGGCGGAAAGUUUUCACAAUAUGGCUACGAAGCAUCCUCAGGUUCUGACGAUGGAACCCACUCAUCUCGAGACUCUGGCAUUGCUGAACUGGAUCUGUUCGUUGACUCCGACCCAGAAGUCUGCAGUGACACCGAGCUAGACAUUCGCAAAAAUAUGGCCGCUGACGUGCUGAGACGUCACGGAGGAUACUGGGACACCCGGUCGAUCGAUGGUUGGAACCUUAAAACGGUCAAGUACGGAAUCUUCAUCAUCAGCGGCGAAUGCCGCAGAUUUGUGUCGGGCAAUUUCCACGUCAGAAAAGAACCACUUGCCCUGAAUUUUCUAGAUUCCAGGUACGGAGAGGAUCUCGGCGUUGAGUCUUCGCAUGACUACAUUUGCAUUAGCAUUACCGGAGCAACAUUUCCGGACGACCUUUUUGAAAAUCUCUCCAAGUCUCUCAAUCCCGAAGCUACCAUCGACGUUCAAUGCGGCGGAUUGAUUGCAUCACCCGCGGAGUCCCAUGACAGUCCUUCCACGGACGAAACCUUGGCCGGAGAAGACAAAGAUAUGGUACAGAGGGUUGAAUAUUUCAUGAAGGAAGCUGGGCUUGUGUUUCGGAGCAGAAGGACGCAUCAUAUACCCAGCGCAUCAACAGUGGCGCGGACAAUUCAGACGGGAGACCUAUGGAGCUUACCGAGAGUAACAGGCGGCGUGUAUAGGUAUCUUUCUACCUGGCGAACGCUUCACAAAGAAGUAGGCGUGAACACAUUACUGCACAUCAUUCGAGCCAGCGCGCCGCGAAUGAAGAGAUCCAGAGAGGAUUCCAUUGAUGAGGCUGGACCGAAACGACUUCGCUUGGCGGCUGGUGAGCAAGACGUGACUGAGAGUUGCGUCUCCGUGGGCCUCGAUGCGCAAGAGACCACUCGGUAGAGAAGUAAAGGGACUAUUAGGUUGCAUUAGCCGAAGUCAGGCGCAGUCAAGUCGUUAUGCCGCAAAGUAUAUCCUACGCCCGAAGCCGUAUCUGUAAUUCUAUUCAAGCCCUCUCAGGUGCUGCUGAGCAUUUCCUCUACGACUUGAGGUGGGGGGGGAGGACAGUAUGCGUGACAUGAUAUGCGAGCGGAAUUGACUUUAUCACCGGCUUGCGAGGCUUCCUGUAGGGCAUCCGUGGUAGGUUGGCGAGCUCAUCGCAUUCACGGAGGACGUUCUGCGGACGCAAUGGCGGAAGGCCUGGCGCAGCCCGGACUAGGGCAUCUCGAGCCGAGGCCCAAUCGGGGCAGCCCUGCGGGGUGGGCUGAGGGCAGGCGUGGGCAGCCGGAGCGAGUGACAUUGGCCGACGGGCGCUCGAGCCUCUCUGCAGAGUGAUGGACAUAAGGUAUGUGGGUCUUGGGGACUAGCCAGGAGGGCGUAUGCGGCUGGGGGUGCGCAUGCUGAGAUGGUGGGGUGUGAGCGACGACAAGGGUGUGGGGGUGAGUAGGUCAAAAAAAGUUGGAGGGGAGUGGGAACGCCAAAUCUUGCAUCGUCCUUGCAGCCUCCCCAGUGCCACGGCACAGACGACAUGGGGCGCUCAUCUCACGUUUUAGCGUCCCCAGGACGGCCCGCUUUUGGCAUGCACAUGGAGACGUCAGCCCAACCAAUCAGGGCUGCAUCUCCCGACUUCAUGUCUUGCGCAGCGACGGCCAGCGCAGAACCCGACAACAUUCGUGUUGGCUGCCCGUCGAGAGACUCGCGGACCAGGGAAAGGGCCAAUCGCGGACAAGCCGUGCAGUACCCGCUGGUUGCCGCCGGCAUGAGAGGUCCGUUGGGCAUCGGACCGUGGCUCCUUGCGAAUGGAGGCAUUGGCCCUGCAGUCGUGUCCAUUUGAGGCAGCUGCGGCCUGGUCUGGAAUUCAGGGAGGAAGAGAUAUAAAGGGCUGGUGCUGAUGGCGAGAUUCCCGGAUCCGAAGACCAUCAAGACCUCACCUUGACCACAAACCGCAUACCUUACACUCUACCCGCGAGCCAGCACAAGAUCGAAGACGAACGAAGCCUAAAGGAUGGACCGCUACCCCUGCGUCAACAGAUACAAGCACGGCGUCGACUGCCCCGGCUGGGUGAACGUCCACGGUGCGCGGUGCGAAGACUGUGUUGUCGUAAGUCACACGCCCGAUCAUACCCAAGGCUUACUGACCCUGGACAGUACAACCGGUAGACGUGAGGGGUCUAAGUGGUGGUGUAACGCGAUCGACGGAGCCUAGGGAUGGGCGGAAAGCACCUGCAGCAACUUGCUUAGACAGACCGGAGAUGACUCUCCCUUGAAUUGACUCUGUGUAC